AUGACGCGUUGUCCCAUCCUAGAACUCGUCGUCUCUGUUCUCUCUUUUUCCAUUUUCUUUUCAUCAACCAAAUUGUUACUUUCAAUGUCGCUUCCUGCAUAACUGCAUUUUUUGCUUUCUCUCGGAAAGUCUCAUUUAUGCGAUUUUCUCAAUUUCCCUUUGACCCGUGCAUCACAAUCUCUCAUUUCAUCGCUCUUUCUCUCUCUGCCAACGUCUCAUAACUUCUCGCUACCUUUCCCCCUCUCUAUGUUUUUCUUCUAAUCUCGUUUUCUUUGGUGGUUGCCUACGUUGCACUCGCUGUCGGUUAUUUUAAAGAGGACCUUGUGCAGGCCAUUCUAUGUCGUCUGCUGAAAAUUCUGCGCAUGUGCUUAAACAUGACGGGAUUCCAGGUGAAGGCUCUGAGAUUCUAGGAAGCCACAAAUUUGAAACACAACUUGCCCAAAGAAAUUUCAAAAGCAAUGAUGCACUCAAUCACAUCCAGGACCAAGACACCAUGGAACUUUAUUCACGAGCAAGGGUGCAAGAAGAGGAGAUCCUCUCCCUCCGUGAACAGAUUGCUGUUGCCUGUAUGAAGGAACUGCAGUUGUUGAAUGAGAAAUGCAAACUGGAGAGGCAAUUCUCUGAACUAAGAAUGGCAGUUGACGAGAAGCAAAAUGAAGCUAUCUCGUCCGCGUCUAAUGAUUUGGCUCGAAGAAAAGGUUAUCUUGAAGAAAAUUUAAAACUUGCCCAUGAUUUGAAAGCUGUAGAUGAUGAAAGAUAUAUCUUCAUGUCAUCUAUGCUGGGGUUGCUUGCUGAAUAUGGUCUUUGGCCUCGUGUUAUGAAUGCCUCUUCAAUAUCCAGCUGUGUAAAGCACUUACAUGAUCAGUUACAAUGGAGGAUUCGGAGUUCACAUGAUAGAAUUGGAGAGUUAACUUCUGUGCUAGAAAGCCGUGCUGAUAAUGGUAAUCAUGUUGUUGAAAGCCCAGGUUCUGGAAAUUUGACAAGUCACAUUCAUAAUGAUUUCAUGUUUCAGCAUAACUUCCCCCAGCAAAAUCUUAUUGGGAAUGAACAAAAUCAUCAGCCAAUGAACAAUAUGGCAGGAUAUGUGCACCCAGCUCUUAAUGCUGAUGUCAACUGGGCAUUCAAAAGGCCGGUCAACUAUCAGCAGAUUUCUAAGGCUGAUAGGGAGGUAUCUUCUUUCCCACAUGGUUCAAUUGAUAAAAUUGGAGUACAGGACAAAACCAUGGAAAGAAAUUUUGUCAAUGGAAACUUCUAUCAAUCCCCACCUGAGCUGGAUGAAACUGCUUUCCUUAUUGCUGAGGAUGGCCCUGGAAUUGAGAAUUUUCAAAUUUCUGGUGAUGCUAUUCCUGGAGAAAAGCUUCUUGGAUGUGGAUAUCCAGUUCGUGGAACAUCUCUUUGUAUGUUUCAGUGGGUUCGGCAUCUUGAGGAUGGCACUAGACACUACAUUGAAGGAGCCACAAAUCCAGAGUAUGUAGUUACAGCUGAUGAUGUUGAUAAAUUGAUAGCGGUUGAAUGUAUUCCAAUGGACGAUAAAGGCCAUCAGGGGGAACUGGUGAAGCUUUUUGCUAAUGAUCAGAAUAAAAUUAAGUGUGAUUCAGAAAUGCAGCAUGAGAUUGACACAAAUCUGUCUAAAGGAGAUGCAACAUUCAGUGUUCUACUUUUGAUGGAUUCUUCCGAAAAUUGGGAACAAGCAACUCUAUUCUUAACAAGAUCUGGAUAUGAUAUUAAGAUUAAUGGUACUGAAACUGCAGUAGUUGCUGAGAAAUUUUCAAAGGACUUAUCGAUUAAGGUUCCAUGUGGCCUUUCAACACAAUUUGUGUUAACAUGCUCGAAUGGGUCUUCUCAUCCUCUAAGCACAUAUAGCGUCAGAAUUCGUGACACACUUGUAUUAACCAUGCGAAUCUUCCAGAGUAAGGCAUUGGAUGAGAAAAGGAAAGGGAGAGCGUGACCUGAGAUUACCAUUUCCAUGGUUGCGCUUUUGUAUGGAAGAAAAUAAAAAUUACUAAACUUAUGAAGAAAAAUUUAGUCUCAUUUAAUUAUUGGAAUUUUUUUUGUUAUAUAAUGUGCAAUCCUAUGUGUAGUGUCCUGUUGUAAGAGCAGUUAGUAUAUAGGCUAAGGAAGUGCAGCAUGGGAAGAAGGCGAAAAUAGUGUUAACAAAUAUUUCUUCGUGAAGUAACAAUGUGACAUCGUACGUCUGUGAAUGUUAGGGGAAAGUUGAAUUAGUUAAAUUAGUGCUAUAUAGCUUAGCUUAACUCCUCAUUUUUAUUUGUUUAUGAUUUAUCUGUGUAGGAAUUAAAUUAUUACAGGUUAGACAUUUAGUUAUUAGAGAAAAUAAGGAUUUAAUUUAUUCUCUUUUAAAAUUAAGAUAUUCGUUUUUGUUGUUUUCA